GCUGCGCUUACUCAGCUUUUCCGGUUCUCCCCGACUUCCAUCAACUUGAAUAUUCAUGGGACUUAGCUUCAACCGUUUACUGGCAACUUGCAAGCACUACUGCUUUACCUCAUGGCUACUACUGGGUUCUAGUGGCUUUGCAGCAUCUGUUACUUAUCGAGGACGACGAUUUCGAUGUAAGCUUCGUAGGCACUACCCAAUACGGCGACAAUUGGACGGUGUUUCGGGACGGAAAUUGCAAAAUUUAUUUGCAAGCAAUCUACAAUCAACAAAACAAACAUGGAUGAUAUCUUGCGCUGACUUAUUCGCCGGUGUUUUACUUGUGAGCCUCAAACUCAAGUUUUAUUAUCUUCCGGUGUUCUACCCUGGCGCGGGGGCAUGCCACUCUCGGUUACGAAUGAUAUUGGAGCUGGAGUCGAGGAUAGUGCUUAAUGAAGUUGAUCAUGCCAAGAGAUGACCAUUCAUUUCCGCAUACUCAGGCAUCGUGUGGUGGGCACAUGUUGACAUGAGAAUUUCUCGUUAAUGAACGUCGGCAGAACAGUGAACCCUCUGCAGCUAUCGGAUGAGUAUCUUCUUCUAUACUUUGGAUCUGAUGAUCUAGGCCUUGUCGUUGCCUUACUGAUCGCUAUUCUUGUUUCCCUGUGUAUCGCAUGCCCCCCUUGUGAUUCCCC